AUGCAGCAGGCUGCAUUACUAUCCCAAAAUUGUACUCUCGACUUUCUAUAUUUUGUGCUCAAGCUUAAUGACCCAGAUCGUUGGAUAUUAUUCGCAAAAACUACGUACCCUACAGUGACGGUUUUCCACAAACAAAAAUCGCGCGUACCUUUAUUCACAACGAAUUCAUGGACUAAUAUCACAAUAAGAUGGUCUGCAAACACGAUGAACAUCUACUCCAACGCCACAAAUGUGUUUCAUUAUCAGCAUACCAGUCUUCUCAUAUUCUACUUCUUUUCCGUCGGCGUCGGUGUCAACAGCUGGGUUACUUGGUCUGUCAAUUGCGUUCCAACGGAUAUAGAAGGACCACCAGUUGAUGGAGGUUGGUCAGAAUGGGGACCAUGGGCAUGCAGCGUGAGCUGCAAUGGUGGUACAGGAAUUCGAAAACGACGUUGCGACUCGCCAACGCCUAACAUCAGAGGAGAACCGUGUGUAGGACCGAGUAUAAUGACUGGACGUUGCAACGAAAUUCUUUGUGGCGAUAUAACCGAAGAUACGAUAAAAUUGAUAAAUCGAAGAAUUAGAAUGAACCACACGGCCCUUACUGCCAAAGAACAUCGUUCUAUCACAAUUAAAUCCGACUCGGAUAUCGUGCAAUUAAUUACUAAGGAAUCUCCUCGUUCCGAAUUACAAUGGUCCUUAAACGGUGUCUUUGUGGAGAUAGAGCCCGAAAGAUUGGAGUUAAAAGAUUACAGUAUUGAGAUAAUGGAAGCGGUUCUAAAUGAUUCUGGCGUUUAUGCGAUGACACUACGUCGAAUCGAUGGAACGUAUUCGAUUAUCAAAGUGGUCACCUUGGCAGUGAUUCCAGCAGAGGAAACUAUGCAAAUAAGGGAAACUCUAGACACAACCAUACAAUGCCAUUGUGCAAUCCUAGGACACAUUUAUUCGGAGCUUGAAGUGUCUUGGUUAGUACGCAAUAAAACGUGGAAGAAUUAUGGCAUCACGCUUCCAAUGGCAGCCGAUGUUGAACACAUUACAAAAGUUAAUAAAACGCAUAACGGGAUGUGGCAAUGUGUCGUGAAGCAAAAUGACUUAAAUUUUGUAUGGAUAACAAAUAUGAUAUAUAUCAGAGGACCACCAAAUUGGCGUACGCAUUUGAUGGAAGAUCAGGCAACGCGUUUCUUUUUUGGUUGGUUGCCAAAUGAAGAUUACGUCGGUGUUUUCGUAUUGGUUCUUUUUCUGAUUUUAGUCGCAGCUAUAAUCGCAGGAUCUUAUUAUUACAUAACCCAUAAUUUGAUGGUUAAAAACUUAAAUGAACAAAUAUAUCUUGCAAUUAGAAUUCGAGAAACUGCGAAACGCAUAUUUGACCUGAGAAAUAUAACCAGAAGUCCAAGAGGCACACAAUAUGAACCACUGACGGACGAAAUGACUACCGAAGAUCAAGCGAUCACUGACGAUCAAAUAACUACCGACGACCAAGCGACUAUUGAAGAUGAAGUUACUGAAGACCAAACGACGACCGAAGAUCAAGGAACUCCCAAACAUCAAACGGCAACCAAUGAUUAA